AUGUGGCUCUACGCAUGGUUUGAACGAUUUUGGCUCCACUUUACGACGUCUUUCUCGCCGUUCACGCUUCACACUCUCUUUACGUUCGCGAUUCAUGAGUUUGCGUACUGGGGCGUGUACCUGCCGUACGCGCUCAUGGACAGAAGCAAGUUUUUCCGCCGCUGGAAGUUGCAGGAAAAUACUUACGGGUAUUCUAGCUCAAGCAAACAGUCACAGAAGCUACCGAAAGAAGACGCGCAGAAGUUUUGGCGCUGUGUAUUGUACGUAGCUGCGAACCACGUGUUCCUUGUGUUGCCGCUGAUUCUGGUAACGCACCCAUUGUUCGAGAAGCUCGGCACAACGCACGGUUUGCCGCUGCCGUCUCUAAGGGAGUUUAUCGUGCAGAUUCUCUUUUGCCUCUUUGUUGAGGAUAUGUGCUUCUACUGGGGUCAUCGCGCGUUACAUACUCCUUGGCUUUAUCGAUACAUUCAUGCUAUUCAUCACCAGUACACAGCACCGUUCGGUGCGGUCGCGGAAUUCGCCCAUCCCAUCGAAGUUAUAUUCCUCGGUAUGUCCACUGUCGCCGGACCGCUCAUUAUAGGCCCGCACCUGCUCACGCUAUGGGGCUAUCUAAUGGUGCGUUGCUGGCAGACGGUAGACUGCCACUCUGGGUACGAUCUUCCAUGGUCGCUGAAUCGAUGGUUUCCGCUGUACGGCGGUGCGCGUCAGCACGACCAUCACCAUAAGACUUAUUCUGGCAAUUAUGCUUCAAUGUUUAUCCACAUGGACUGGUUAUUCGGAACUGAUAAGGCAUGGAGGCUCUCGUUACAGAAGGCGAAAGCGAAACACGUUCGAGCUGUCGCUCAGGAGUUGGCUGUGAGUUUCAGUGCUGAGCGAUAA